AUGAGAUCUUGCGGAGUGCACAAGAUUUUCCUGGAAAUCGGUGAGCUCUCACCAGCAAUCGGCAAUGCUUCUCCACCAGUGACAGCAGCAGUAUGGCCGAAGCUGGGAGGAAUGGCAACAACAGCAGGGCAGGAUGGCACUUCUCAUUUCACCUCCAACAGCAAAACAAGACACACUGUUCCUGCUCCUCAUUCAUUUCAAUAGAGGCUGAUCUGUACACAUGUUUCCAUAAUCAUAAAGGAAUAGCAGGCUUCCUCAAACUCAGCCCUCCAUAUGUUUUUGGCCUACAACUCCAAUAAGGCAAAUAACAGUUUCAUAAUAACCCUGCUUUGAAGUUCCAUCUGCAACAUGUAUACCAAUGUUGAAGGCCAUGGCCCUCUUGUUGUAUUGCUGGCCACACUGUUAAUCUGUCUGUUUAGCUAGCAGGGUUGCAUGUCUACGCUCACAGUUGUUACAGGCAUGCCACUCAAGCCAGGAGUAUCAAGGGGUGUGGCCUGCAGGCACAACCCAACUCUCCCUUUGGUCCAGUGAACCUAUGAGGGGCUCAUCUUCACACUAAUGAUAUAUGGGAUUGUGUGCAUGAGCAGGGAAAAAUAUAAAGCAGGGAUAGCCAGUGUGAUGCUCUCUUUUGGUUACUGUAUUUUUAUUCUCUUUCACUCUGCUAUACACAUUUGGAUAAUGUGCUUUAAGUGCUUUUUAUUUUGUUUCCUUGGCACUGGUCACUUACUGCAGCAAUCAAGGUUUGAUUUGAAUUUAUAUCCCAUACUUUCAACAUCAACCUAUGUUCUCAUGGCAAAUAACAAAAUAGUAAGAAAGCAAAUGUACAAUUUUAAAUAGUAAUAAUGAAAAUAUAAUGCACACAAAUGAUCACAGCGAACAACCUAGUCAAAUAGAGUAAAAUUAAAUUGUCCUAAGUGCCAGGGACGCAGGUGGCACUGCGGGUUAAACCACAGAGCCUAGGAGGUGCCGAUCAGAAGGUCGGCGGUUCGAAUCCCCGCAACAGGGUGAGCUCCCGUUGCUCAGUCCCUGCUCCUGCCAACCUAGCAGUUCAAAAGCACGUCAAAGUGCAAGUACCGUAGAUAAAUAGGUACCACUCUGGCGGGAAGGUAAACGGCUUUUCCGUGCGCUGCUCUGGUUCACCAGAAGCGGCUUAGUCAUGCUGGCCAUGUGACCCAGAAGCUGUACACCGGCUCCCUUGGCCAAUAAAGCGAGAUGAGCGCCGCAACCCCAGAGUCGGCCACGACUGGGCCUAAUGGUCAGGGGUCCCUUUACCUUUACCUUUAAGUGCCAUGACUCAAUGGCACAGGACCUGCUUUGCAUGCACAAAGACCCAGAUUCAACCCGGGAGACCCCAGUUGAAAACCCUGAAGAAUGUCACAGCCAGUCAGUGUAGACUUUCGAGAGGACCCAGUGCAGAAUAACACAGAAUCAGUCUGCAGUGAGCUUUUAUUUUCAGAAAGAAAUCAGUUUUCCAAGAAGCGCUUUUUGGGGCAAAAAAUAUGCGAUAGCUCUCGACUGUGGGUAGACUACAUAGCAAAAACAAGGACUGUCUCCAUGCAGUCCUGGAGGGAUGCGCGUGCAUACAGCCUCAGUAUAGGGCAGAAUCCUAUGCUCCUUAAAAUGCUUACCGGUACUUUGGUAACUCUUAAAAACCUGAGGAAAGAGAAAUAGGGAGCGUCUACAAAGCAAGUGCUCACUAUUGGCUACUCUUAACUAGGAGAAUGAGGGGUCUCGUAGACCGACCACCCUCCAGCUCUCUUCCAAACAAACCACGUUCUACUGCGGUCUCCUAACAAAAUAAGCAGCAGCAGCAGCAUUCAAUGUAAACCACGCGCCGGAUCCCCCUGAGCCGCCCACCGCCAGAGGUGCGUAUGCGCCUGCGCCUUCCCUCUUCCUCGCCGCUUUGCGUCUCGUCCCGCGCGCCGCAGACGUUCGUUCCGUCGGUCGCUCGCGUGCGUGCGCUGAAACCUCCAAUCACAACGAAUCUCUCUCGCUCGCGCUCAACCGUCUCCGUCGCCGGUGGGCGCGCGCGCGCGGGCACACUGUCUGUUUGGGCGAGCCUGGUCGCUUAGCAACCGGCGCGUGGCCGAGCCUGAGGGGGGGGAAAGAGCGGUUGACCAGGUCGGAGUGUUGGAGGGGCGAGGGAGAGAAACGUCGCGGGAGGCAGGCAAGCUGAGGGGGGAAAUCCGGAGCGGGGGCACUACUGUUAAUCUGUUUAUUUCAUCAUUCAUAUCCAAGAGUUUGCUCGUUUCCUCCUCCCUCCUGACCCUUUUUCCUUUUCUUUUAUGUAGCACAACCCUGAGGGCAGGGACUUUUCUUUAGCCGUUUGUAAGCCGCUCUGGAGCCUUCCCUCCACCCUUUUCUGAAGAGCGGGGUAAAAAUUCGUUAAAUGAAAUAAAACCAACAUCUCGCCUUUCUUCCAAGAUGCUUCAAGCAGCGCACGUCGUCCUCUUUCCCCAUUAUCCUAACGAGAAGCCUGGGAGGUAACUUCGGCAGAUUGGUCACCAUCUGUGAGCUGCUUGGCUGAUGGUGGAAGUUUGAAAAAGUCUCCCUUGUCCUGAUGGGACACUCUUAGCCAGGGGUCAGCAAACCUUUUCAGCAGGGGGCCGGUCCACUGUCCAUCAGACCUAGUGGGGGGCCGGACUAUAUUUUGGAGGGGGAAAAGAGCGAAUUCCUAUGCCCCACAAAUAACCCAGAGAUGCAUUUUAAAUAAAAGGGCACAUUCUACUCAUGUAAAAACACGCUGAUUCCUGGACCGUCCACGGGCUGGAUUGGGCCCCCGGGCCUUAGUUUGCCUACCCAUGCUCUUAACUAACCGCUCAGGGGUGCCAACUUGAAUAAAAUGUGGGGGGCAGUUAAGCCCUGCCCUGCGUAUUCGAUCACUUGACACGAUGCAUGCACAAACCAUUCGAAAGGCAAUUCCCAUCAACUUUGGGAGGGGGAGGGAACCCUCAAAUAAUUUAUUGGGGGGGGGAGCAAAGGGACCUCAACCCCUAGGAGUUUGCUCCUAUGACACCACUGGACUCUUUGUAAAGUUUUUCUGUUUCAUUUAUGCUAUGCGAUUCAUUCUCAAAGUGCUUUACAAUAAUUUUAAAUUGGGAUGCGAAAAUAUGUAGCCCUCUAUUUUUAUUUAUUGAAUUUAUAUACCACCCUUUACCUGUGGGUCUCAGGGCAGUUCACAGAAUAAAAUCAAGAUAUGAAACCACAAAAUGCAUAAUAAAAAUAAAAACAAGCCAGUAGCCCCACCCCCAAAAAACCACAUUUUAUAAGGGCAUAGCAACUCCCCUCACCGUUAGCUGAGGUGGUGUCCAACUACACCUAGAGAGAUCCCCGAUUUAAAAUGAUAAGAUAAAUCAGGGGUGACACUCACCUUUUGGAAUCACAGCAAGGGACCUGUGAGAAUGAUUAGUAAAAACAUUAUUUUUUGAAAGUUGGUUGGCGCUGAAUUCCAACAACGACCGGAGGGAGCCCUAAUUUAAAACACCCAGCUGUUAAACCAGGGGUGGAUAACCUUUUGCACCCAUGGUCAGCACCCCAGAGGCUGCCUGUCAAAAUUUCACAGGACCAAUUCUUGAUUUAUUUUGAAAAGGACAAAUUUAGAGGUACGGGUCACAACGCAGAUUGACAUCACAGUGAUCUUUUUUUAAAUGGAGAGAUUCUAGAGGACUGGGUUUUUUAAAAAUAAUAAUAAUAAUAAACCUUUUAGCACCACAGUAUUAGAGCCGGGGACCUAUGGGAUCAGUGAGUAAAAACAUUUAAAUUUAAUUUUAAAUUUUAAAAAGAUGGAAAAGUUGGGAGGAGCGUGCAAAACCUUCUGGUAUUAUGGUAUCCAAGUGAGGAACCCAGAGGAAGAAUCAGUUUUAUAAAAAGCAAAUCAAACUUUUAUUUGGUAUCACAGUAAAAUGAAGAGUCCCCUGCACCAAGGAAGUUACAUACUGUAUUCCAAAGUUUGCUAUAGAAGAGGAAGAUGGCAAAGGAAGAUUACACAUCCAUUUCAGAUGUCCUUAUUUAGGCUUAGCUUCAGUAGGAAGAUGUAGAUUAAAAGGCUGUGAUGAAAAAUAUGAACAGGUAGAAGUAGUAUAGAGCACAGCUCGGAAACCUAUUGCCCUACAGAUGUUGUGGACUACAAUUCUCAUUUCCCCUGACUAUAGGCCUUUUAGACUGAGGGUGGUGGGAGUGAGAGUACACCAAUAUUUAGAAGGCCAUUGGCUUCCCAGCAUUCAUCUGGACAGAGCCUGGCCCAGCCAGUCUGGCAGGUGCACAAUGCAAUACUAGUUACCUGCCAGACAAUGUUUUUGUUGAUCAGUUUAGUGACAGUUGGAGGAGAGCUACAUUGUACUUGAGCUUUUUAAAAAAUCAGGAUAAAAUUGGAUUCUUGUUAAUGCAUCUUAUGUGUUCAUAAGAUUAAGAGGUUGUAUAUAGAGGGAAGUAGAGGGGGGUGAUCGAAGUAGGAAUCAUAAAUAAAGCACAGUGUUAUGGGGUGUUGGGUGCCAGUAGAGGGAAAACCACAAUGGACACAAUCACACAAUCCACUAACAGUCUGUUCUGAAGUCCCCCUGAAAGAAAUGAUGCUUAGCUUAGUUACAACAAACUCACAUCCCGUUGCUUUCAAAGGGAUUUAGUUGCAAUUAUCUUUUACUAGAUUUUGUCUAAUUAAAUGUUGCUGCUCAGUCCUGUCCAUGCUUUGGUGCACGUCCUAUUGAUUUAAAGUAAUAAUUGCUUCAAGUAACUAUGCUUGGAAUUAUAUUUUUUUUUUUUUUAAAGCAAUUUAUUGGGUUUUACAAUAGGAAUAAAUGUAAUAAACAAUAUAGCAUUCGUCUUAACAUAAUUUCACAUUUUCUUUGGACUUCCUCACAUCUCCCGCUCCCACCUUCAUCAUUAUAACAUUUUGUCAGCAAUUUAUCAUCUUAUUUAAAUUCUUAUAUCUCUUCGAUAUUUCAUAAUCUUAAAGUUCUCAUAAAGAGUUAAACUUUCACAAUUUUUCUUGUUUCCUUAAAAAUUUCUAAGUUAAGUGGUGCUCAGUUAUUUAGUCCAGCAUCUUAUUCAGCAUUCAAUCAAAUCACAAUGUUUUUGUAGGUAGUUCUUAAAUUUCUUCCAAUCCUCCUCGAUUCUCUCUUCUCCCAGGUCACGGAUUCUGCCAGUCAUUUCAGCCAGUUGCAUAUAGUCUAUCAGUUGCAUCUGCCAUUCUUCCAGUGUGGGUAGAUCUUGGGUUUUCCAAUGUUUUGCGAGUAGUAUCCUUGCUGCUGUUGUUGCAUACAUAAAAAUGUCUGGUCCUUCUUUGCCACCCCUUGGCUGACAAUACCCAAAAGGAAAGCCUCUGGUUUCUUAGUGAAAGUAUAUUUAAAUACCUUUUUCAAUUCAUUAUAAAUCAUUUCCCAGAACGCCUUCACUUUAGGGCAUGUCCACCAGAGGUGAAAGAACGUUCCUUCACACUCUUUGCAUUUCCAGCACUUGUUAUCAGACAGGUGGUAAAUUUUUGCGAGUUUGACUGGGGUCAUAUACCAUCUAUAAAUCAUUUUCAUUACAUUUUCUUUCAAAGCAUUACAUGCAGUAAAUUUCAAUCCAUUACUCCACAGCCUUUCCCAGUCCUCAAACAUAAUAUUAUACCCAAUAUCCUGUGCCCACCUUAUCAUAGCCGAUUUAACCAUUUCAUCUUGUGUAUUCCAUUCCAACAGCAAGUUAUACAUCCUUGAAAGUAUCUUAGUCUUUGGUUCUAACAAUUCUGUUUCUAAUUUCGAUUUCUCCACCUGGAACCCUAGUUUCUUAUCACUUUUAAAAACUUCUUUAAUCUGAGCAUAGUGUAACCAAUCUCGCACUUUGUCUUUCAUUUUCUCCAAGCUCUGCAAUUUCCAAUUGUCUCCAUCUUUUCUAGUAUUUCCCAAUAUUUUGGCCAUUUGGCCUCCAUAUUGGGUCUUUUUCGAGCCUUAGCUUCCAAAGGUGAAAGCCACCUUGGUGUUUUAUUUUCCAGCAAGUCUUUAUAUUUUGUCCAGACAUUAAACAGUGAUUUUCUAACAAUAUGGUUCUUAAAGGCCUUAUUUGCUUUAACUUUGUCAUACCAUAAAUAUGCAUGCCAUCCAAAAACAUUGUUAAACCCCUCCAAAUCUAACACAUCAGUGUCUUCAAGAAGUAGCCAGUCUUUUAGCCAGCAGAACGCUGCGGCUUCAUAGUACAACUUUAAGUCCGGCAGGGCAAAGCCCCUCUUUGUUUUGCAUCGGUUAGUAUCUUAAACUUAAUUCUGGGCUUUUGCCCUGCCAGACAAACUUCGAAAUGUCUCUCUGCCACUUCUGAAAGCACUCCAUUUUGUCCAAUACCUGCAGUGUUUGAAAUAAAAACAACAUUCUUGGCAAUACAUUCAUCUUAAUCGCAGCAAUUCGGCCUAACAAAGAAAGUUUCAAUUUUGACCAACUGUCUAAGUCUCUCUUAAUUUCUGUCCAACAUUUUUCAUAAUUAUCCUUAAAUAGACUUAGAUUUUUGCUGUUAUGUUUACCCCUAGGUAUUUUACUUUUUAACCACAUUAAGUUCCGUCUCAUUCUGAAACCGUUCUGACUCUGUCUCAGUCAGAUUUUUCCCCAAAACCUUAGUUUUCUGUUUGUUUAAUUUAAAUCCCGCCACCCGACCAAAAUCAUUAAUCAAUUGUAAUACUCUUUUCGUACUAGGCUCUGGCUUCUGCAAGGUCAAAACCAGGUCAUCUGCAAAAGCUUUUAAUUUAUAUUGUUUCUGACCAACCUGAAUUCCUUCCACCAGCUGGUCCCCUCUAAUCAUGUUCAAUAGCACUUCCAGGACCGAAAUAAAUAACAAAGGGAAAUAGGGCAACCUUGUCGUGUCCCUUUUUCAAUUUUGAACUCUUCUGUAACCACAUUAUUAACUAUCAGUUUUGCUUUCUGUUCUGAAUAUAUCGCCUCAAUCCCAUUCUCAAAACCCCGUCCCACUCCCAUCUCUUUUAAGUUUCCCAUCAUAAAUUUCCAAGAAAUGUUAUCAAAGGCCUUCUCCGCAUCUAUAAAAAUUAAAACAGCUUUUGUAUUUAUGUCAGUUUGGAGAAGUUCCAAAAUAUCAAUAAUGUUCCUUGUGUUAGCAAACAAAUGUCUACCUGGGAGAAAACCGGCCUGGUCCUUAUGAAUUACUUCAUUUAAAACUUUUUAAAUCUACUUGCCAAAAUAUCUGCAAAUAUUUUGUAAUCCACAUUUAAAAGGGAGAUGGGACGGUAGUUCUUCAGUUGUGUCUUUUCAGUUUCUGACUUUGGUAUCAAUGUGAUAAACGCUUCCUUCCACGAAUCCGGUGCCCUCUUCCCCUCCAUAAUUUCAUUGCUAACCUCCAUCAAGGGUUGUAUCAAAUAGUCUUUUAGUGUCUUGUAAUACUUGGAGGUCAGCCCGUCUGGCCCUGGAGAUUUGCCAAGUUGCAUGUUCUGAAUAGCUUGUUCAAUCUCCUGUCGUGUUAUUUUAGAGUUCAGGAUUGUCCUAUUUUCUUGUGACAGUUUAGAUAAUCCAUUUUUGCCAAAAAUUGUUUAAUCUCAACUUCGUCUUACGACCCUUGGGUAUAUAAUUUUUAAAAUAUCUCUGGAAACACUUUCUAAUGUCCACUGGAUUCUGAAUGUUUCUUCCAUCAACCUCUAAAUUUGUAACCGUGUUUAAUCUUUGUCUUCUCUUCAACUGCCAGGAUAGCAGUUUUCCACAUUUAUUCGCCGACUCAAACGUUUGUUUCAUUAAUUUGAUCUUCCAUUCAAUUUCCUGAUUUAUCAAUUUAGAAUACUGUGUUUGAUACAGUUUAAUUUCUCUCAGAGUUGGCUGUGACUUUGGAUUCACUCUUAAUUUCUUCUCUAAUUCUUUUAUUUUAUCCAAAAUCUUGUCUUUUUUCUCAUUUUGUGUUUUUUUCUUUACUAUGCUUGGAAUUAUAUCCUUAAGAUAGUAAUGUGGUGCAUAUUUACAGAUAAUUCGCAAAAAAAAAAGUAAGAUUUUUGGUUACAGCAAAGAUUAGCAAAUGGGGAGGCCAAGGUUUCUGAUUAAUAAGAAGAUACCAUGAGUGUAGAGGUAGUACUGGGAGACAAUUAGAAACAGAAGAUGACCGAGAAAGAAGAUUUUUAUAUUGUGGAAGAAUAAAGGAACUAGUAGCUCAUCUAGUCAGUCAUGCUUUGAAUAUUAUUAAAGAAGAAGUCAAGAGGAAAUCUUAAGUUAAUAAAUUAUUUUUUAUCUAAUAGAAAAUGUAGACUAUUUGAAACAUUUUAGAAGAAAGCAGCUUGCUUCAGGUUUUGGUCAACCAUCUAGGAUGUCCAAGCAACAAUGAAAAAUAAUGUUAAACCUGUGACAUGGAAACUGUUGGAACAAUUGAAGAACUGAGAAAUGUAUUUUGUAAGAGCUCACUUAAGUCUUUGAGAGGUCAGCUCUUCCAAAUAUAUUCCUGAAGACUUUUUGUCCACCACAUAUGUCACCAGAAAUAGGCAUGCCUGUUUUAUAGCAUUCAGCUGUGAUGCUGAAACUGACUCAUGGCAUAAUAGACGGGCCCCACCUGUCUCAUAGAGCAACUUCAACAUGUGCCAGUGUGCUACAUACACAUUAUAUUUUGGGUUAUCAUUCCAAUUACUUCUCUAGUGUUUGUAUUUGUUGUUUUAGGACACAGUUUUGACAGUCUGUUCUAUCAAAUGUUUAGAUCAGUGAAGCAUCCUUCCAUACUGAAGAUAACGAAAUCAUCAUUGCCUCCAGUUCCAUGAUGCAAACAAAGUAUAGCAAGGUGCAUGAAUUGUAUGGUUGUAAAACAUGCUAAAAAUUGUAACUUUUACAAUAAGGUAUUAUAAAUAGGCCCAUUUGAUGUAUGUAGAAUAUUAUCUACUGACAUGGGGUUUUUUUAAUGUGUAGUUGCUUUGGAAGGCAAGAGUAGCCUAAGGUUUGGUUUUUAAUUACAUCGAAACAAAAUAUGUUUAGGCAUGUCAAACUUUUAUAGUUCAUAAUGAGUUUAUUGCACAUAAUAAUUAUGGGUUCAGUAAUUAAAAGUUUAAAAAUUGCUGCUAUUUUAUUUAAUAUAAAUGAUAAAUCAAAGAUUUCUUUUGCCUUUAUAUAAGUAAAAGUUAGGAUGUGUCAAACAUCAAUCUUAUGUUUCAUAUUAUGGUAAUUGUAUAUUAGUAAGACUUCAAGCAUGGGAGUUGUAAGAGUAUAAAGCCUCUGUCAAGUGAAAAAACCAUCAUUGGCUAAGGGCUGAAUUUCUUUUGUUGUUUAAUAUGCAGUACAUAACGUACACAUACAGAAGUAAUUUAUAAUAAUAAUUAUGAAACUUUAUUUAGGGGAGUUCCUCCAAACGAGACUCUGUAGCACUUAUCGCCGUGGCAUUACAAGAUCACAUUUUACAUAAUCUUCAGCUGCAGAAUCUUUCAUUAGCAGAUCCUUUUAAGUCAAAGACACAGAGUAAAAAGAAUUCAUACAAACCUGUGAAGAAGGAGACAGUCAGAGCAGUAGUUGAUACUGGACUAAAGAAAACAAGCAGGCACCAACAAAAAAAUGAAGAUCCAGAAAAGGAGUAUGUUCUUGAUCCUUGUCCUCAGCCUCUCACGUUAGGUAAAUUAUGUUACAAUGUGUUAUUUGAAAGAAUAUUAAUUAAAUUAUAAUAAGUAUUUUUUUUCCAUAUUGCAACAAAGCAGAAGAAGAGUCCUACUUGUCCUUACAAGUAGACCCAUGUAGUCUGCACUGUUUGGAAGCUUAUGAGCAGGGCACAAAGAUAGCCUGACCUGGUUUGCCUAAGCAUCUACUAUUCAGAGAAAAUACUGUCUCUGAGCAUGGAGGUUCUAAAUAUGAUAAGUAGAAGGAAACUUUUAAAGACCAAGGCUAAUUCAUUUCAAGACUUAGAGUAAAAAUUAAAAAAAAAUUGGUAGGGAUGUGAAAACCUAAUUUGUGAAGUGAUAUGGCUAUGAUUACCUUCAGUUGAAAUGUAAUAAAUUACAGUGGUUGAGGGGGGAAACCGCAUAAGGUGCUGACUAUAUCUUUGAUAAUUGUGUUCACUCAUUAUGUUUGCGAACACAAAGAGGUAUCUCACGAAGGCUAGGACUUACUUGCAUGCAUAAUAUACUGUGUGACUUCAUCCUUUAAAAUAGUAGCUCUGGCUUUGGGUUAAGGGGCAAUGUCUUUAAAAGAAUGUAUUGUUUCCUCCUCACCCAUAUAUGUAAAUUGCCACUGUGAUAAAGAAUAGCAAAAGACAAUCCUUCCAGAAUAAAUAACUUUUUGAAAGAGAGUUCUUUAUAUCAGUGAACUGAAAAUACAGUGCAAUUAAACUGUAUUAGCACCAUCUAGAGUUGUAUUAUUACUGCAGGUGGGAUAAGCACUUGGGCAACUAUUGCUUUUUCAAAAGGCAGUUACUAGUCUGGGCAUAAAACUUUUACUUAACCUUUACCUCCCCCUUGCUCAAAACUUUACAAGUUAUGUUUUCAUAAUGAUUUUAGGGCAAACCCAUGAAUAAUGCCUGUAGUUAAACACUUCAAAUCAAGAAGCAGACGUGUCUCAUAAUAAAAACACAUGGAUGCAGAAGCUUAGAAUCCUGCCUCAGGAAACAGGAGUUGCACAGGCAACACAUAAUAUUGCCAUGAGAUAACAUGUUAUAUUAUCUGGCAAUCAGGAAGGCCUGCCCAGCUCAAAUGUCUACACGUUUCUGACUCCUAAAGUUUCUAGCUCACUCUUAUUAACCCAAUAACAGAAAAGCAUUUAGCCUUUCUUUCCCUUUCAAUCCCUUCCCCCGGCACUUAAAAAAAUGUGACUCAAGCAUUUCCAGAGGUUUAACACUCUAAUCCUGCAAGCACAUUAGAUACUUACAGGUAUGUUUAGAAGUCUGCAACUGGAAGCUCAUUAAGAUAUGUAGGUAUGCAAUCACAUAACUCUCUGGGCAAAGGGACUUCAUAGUUCAACCCUGCCAAAAAUUGUUAAGAUCUUGGUUUCCGUACAUCAUCCUACAUCUUGGACCUCUUCUGCAGCUUUCUUUCUGCUAAUAUCUCAACUGCAUUUUUUUAAAAGCAUCUUACAUUUGUUUGUGUAUUUAAAGCACUUGCACCCCACCUUUAAGCUGCACAGCAAAUGCCCAUGCAAAUAAAAAGCCCUCAGAAUUGGGAGGGAUCCAGAUUGGACAUGCACACAAAUCUCUGGCGCAGUCAUACUGUAUAGGCCCAAACUGGGCUUGCUGCUGCUAUUGUGCAAUAUAUGAGGAAAGUCAAUUCAUAUAUGACAAAGGAUUUCUCAGAAACAUUAAAGCCUGCUACAUCUUUCAGAACUGCAAAAAGGAUUAAUAACUGCCUUCAAAGAACACUUCAUUGAACUGGCUUGAUGACCAAGAUACUAGGUGGAAGGGUGAAUCACACCUUCUGCUGGUUCAAACAAAUAAGCCUCCAAGUUCCAAGAAAUUUACAGUCAGUUGAUCAGUCUGCAUUUGUUUAAUUGUUCACUGCACUUUCUGUGAGUCAUAACAUGGAAUGGUUUCCGUGCUAUUGUAGGUAAAUACAAAUAUACAUACAGGGAUGGGAUCUGAAGUCUACAAACUAAGAUGUUCUGACCAUCUAAUUUUGAUUCAGGAUUUUGUUUGUUGGCACCCUGCACUGCACAUAUUCUCUCAGUAACUUCAGUUGAAGAGUUGUCAGAGGUUUUGCUUGCCUGAAAAAAAUAUAGUUUACCUGUUGCGUGCUGCUUUCAGAUGGCACAUCUGCCACUCUGAAUAAGUGAGACUUAAGGGUUCAUAAAACAAAUCAAUUAAUUUUUCAUUUAAAUGUAGAUUUUAAUAUUCAGAUUAGUAAUAAAUUUAAUAUGUGCACAUGCACAAAGCAUUAAUUUUUGGUGGUUUCUUGUGGGACUAAAGCCAGCCUGCACACUGUCUGAAAUAACGCUGCCCAACAGAAUUCCAUUUUAAAAAGGGACAAAUAAAGUUUAAUUCACUGAUUGCCUAUUAUUCUGUUACUUUCAUCGGAGCCAUUAUUUUCAAACCUGUGCUGGCAUGGUAUAUGGAUGUAUGUUUGUAUACAGAGAAGGAGGAAAGCUUCCAUGAGGAAAAAGCUUUAAUGUGUGUCAAUGUCAUUACCAUAUUUUGGACUUUGUGUCUAUAGCUCAGCAACUUGGGUUGGUGGAACCUCCUGCCAUGCCACUAACCAUUGAGGAAUGGGAGCAUGUGAAACAACGAUCCAUAAAACAAGGAGAUUCAGUUCAACCUUGUGCCAUAUGCAGAGAAGAAUUUGCACUUCAGCCACAGGUAUUUUGUCUGUCUUAGCAUUAAGUCAGCUAUCCUAUGAAUAUGUUGAAAUAUGGACUGAAAUCACAGUCAAAGCGUUGGGAGAGGAUAGCAAAACUUAAAUUAUAUCAUUUUGCCACUGCACAGGGUCUUUUUGUAUCAAUGUGUAUUCAUAGAAUGUAUGCUGAAGUUGGGCAUAGGAAAAGUUGGACCACUUCCCAAUGUUUCUGAGAGAAUGGAAUAGUUUGCUACUCCUGAGCAAGCACUGAAUUCCUCUUCCCCAAGUAGUCUUCUGUCAACAAAGAGCUGGAACAUGCUUUUUAAUACAGAGUACCUUGUGUAGCUACUAUAAAUAGCUCAGGUCUAGGCCUUGUGAAAUAGCUCAAAGUUGCACCAUUUUUGUAAACCGGGAGGGGGGGAGAGAAGCAGGCCACAGGAGUUGAAAAACUUUAGAAGAAGAUCCUUAAGUUUAUUUAUUAUAGUCAAUAAUAAUAAUAAGUUUUUAUUAUUAUCCCCACCACACCAUUUCCUGAGCAGAGUUCAUGAUCAUUUUUAGGAAUUUCGAUUGUACUAAGGUAGAAUUUCUUAAUUGCUUGCAAUCACGCUUUUAAGAAAGGGAAAGCCAAUAUAGGUUAGGAAAUAACUUUUAAAAGUAGUUACUGCAACUUUUUGUUCUUGAUCUGAAGUUGCAGAUUGUUAUUCUAGCCAAAUCCCCCAAAUUGUUAAUGUAAGUUUUGCUAGAUAAAGAAUUACAAAUUGUGAUUGAGCCCUAAAUAUUCUAUUUCUUCAAUGAAAGCUAUUUAUCUGACAUGCCAUUGGCAAUUUUCACUAGUUAUACCAAGAGUAGUAUAUAUUUUUUGAACUUUUAAGUUUCACAAGAUGUUUUUAUUCUCUCUUAACAGGUGUUGCUGUCAUGUUCUCAUGUGUUUCACAAAGUAAGUAAACCCUACGUUUAUUAAAAGUGAAAUGUGCAUCAAAGCAGUCUUGUACAUUGUAGAACUAAUGUGAAUUUAAAGUGUUGAAGUCAGGCUUUUGUUUCUAAGAUUCACAAGUUGAAAUAAUUUGAGGAUAUACUGUUUUGAGAUGGUUGCUCUUUCUUGUAACACUAAGCCAAGCUGUGGUUUAGCAGGAAUAAUGAACUGCUGGAGAAAAGAUUCUGGCUGUUUUGCUCCUCCUCUGUUCCUGAUGCUGCUGCUGCUGCUGUAAGCUUAGCUGCAGUUCAACCUAGUGUGUUGCCCAAACCCAGACUCAUGAUUUGUCUCCUCAGCACAACAAUGGCAUGUUGUAAAUCAUGAACCUAUCUUGGUUUACAGAGCAUAGCUUAUCUGAAGCAAGAUAAACCAUGAGCCCAGGUUCAGAUGAUGUGCUGAAUUAAACCAUGGCUUAGUUCUCCAUGGUAGGAUUGAAGAAUGAACAAAGUAAUUGUGAUCUCCAAGAGAGCACACUAAGCCAUGGUUUGGCUUAGCUUUACAUGCGAGAUGGAUCAGUGUCCUUUAUCUUAUUGUGAAAUGUUAUCAUUCAUAUAUAUAAAGGCAAACGUACCACAAUUGCAUGUAGUUAUGCACUCUUGAGGUUCUAGUUAUGUCAGUGGACCUAGUGUUGCAUUCCAUUUAAUAGUUAAGUGUAUCAGAAUCAACAAUGUGCAAGAUUUAACUGUGUAUAAGAAUAAACAAUUUGCAAGGUGGCUCUUUAUUUACUCUAGCUGCUUCAUAGUUAUUUUAUUACAGUAGUUUUAUUAAUAUUCUGAUGUUCCUCUUUAAAGAGCCAACACUGUUUAUUAAAGUAAAUCUGGAAUUGGCAGUCUGAGUAGUGCUCUAAUAAGGAUGGCAAAAAGUGCCUAGACAACAUGGAAGUAUAGGAAGAACAGAAACAGAUCAGGAAUUGUAGGAACUCCUCUCCCCAUUCCAAUUCCAUUACUUUGAAAUAACCCGUUUCCACAAUUUUAGCAUCAUGUACAUUCACUUUCCCCUGAUGCUAGUUCCUGUGCAAGCUUUGCAUAAAUUGUACCCACAAACUCAUAUGUAUAAAGAUGGUGGGGUGGUGGGGGAGAACACAUUUCAAGCAGAUUUAAAGGUAAAACUGAAUGUUAUUUUUCUAGGCAUGCCUGAAAGCUUUUGAAAGAUUUGCAGGUAAAAAGACCUGUCCAAUGUGUAGAAAGAUCCAGUAUCAGACCCGAGUAAUUCAUGAUGGAGCACGCCUAUUUAAAAUAAAGUGUGCUACAAGGUAAGGAUGACUGGCAAAUGACAAAACUGUUUUCACUGAGAAACAUUUAUUGGAAGAUCUGCAUACACAGAAGACACUACACAGUGAUGGGUGCAAUGUUAUACCAAAGCUAGAGAAUGAUACUUUAACCUUUUUUAUUUACAUUUUAAUGGUUAACAUUUAAUUUUUACAAUUUAAUCAUCUCUUAUUUAAGCAGAGAUGCAAAGCUUCUAUGCAAAUUUUCACUUUGAGGCAGAUACUAAGUUAAGGUUGAUUUUGCUCAGAAAAUGUGUGAUCAUUUUCCAGGCUCAUUCCAGACCACCAUGUGGUUCAUGCAAGUGCCUCUACUGGCGCAGUGGAACAGUAGUUACUACGAAACUACUAGAAAUUUAAAAAGCUCAACAACUUCAAUCCUAAAAAAAGCGCAACAACUUUGGUCGGCCCCCACGGCCCUUCACUUCAUCAAAUCUGGCCCUCUUUGAAAAAAGUUUGGACACCACUGCUUUUGAUGGUAGAUGUAUGCAAAACCAAAUGACCUGCUAGCAAGAUUUUAAAGAUAAAAGAAAGACCAUAAUUUUCUACUUAUAGAAAAUUUUUCUAACUUGUAGUAGCAGUAAUUGGUGUGAAAUAGUAAAAAAUGGAAGUGUCUAGUCAGGAGCUCGCAGUCAAGGGUUGUGUUUUGCUGCUGUAGGAGAGCCUGUCUUGUUCUAGUAGUGGUGGAAGACGAAAAACAAUAAGUGGUGCAAAUGCAUUCUGGAUGCAUGGUGGCCACAUAAAUUUGCUUAGCAGUUUUGGCUCCAUUUAAUAGAGAGCCAUUCCUCUAAAGUAGCCACCGCUGACAGAAAUGAGCUCUUUUUUCAUCCUACAGUGGUGCCUCGCAAGACGAAAUUAAUUCGUUCUGCGAGUUUUUUCAUCUUGCGGUUUUUUUCGUCUUGCGAAGCACGGUGUCGGAAAAGUUUUGGAAAAGCUUCAAAAAUCACCAAAGUCUUCAUAAACCUCAAAAAAGGCUACCAUACCGCGUGCUAUGAGUUGCUCCUCGAAGUCAAGUCGCAACUGUAUUAACAGUUUUAAGAAAAAGGAAACAAACUUGCAAGACGUUUCUGUCUUGCGAAGCAAGCCCAUAGGGAAAAUCGUCUAGUGAAGCAACUCAAAAAACCAAAAACCCUUUCGUUUUGCGAGGCAUUCGUCUUGCGAGGUACCACUGUAUUUGUUAGUCCCAAGAUAGGAGCCACCAAAGCUCGCAAAGCCCUAUUUCUAGCCUUCAUUCUGGGUGUUUUAAUCUGUAUCUUUUCUUGCUACAGAAUUCAAGCUUUUUGGCGGGGGCAUAUUGUUAGGAAAUGGUAUAAAAAGCUAAGAAAAACAGUGCCUCCAAAAGAUGCCAAAUUAAGAAAAAAAUUCUUUGAAGAAAAGGUAUGUGUAGCAUUUUUUAAUUCUUCACAAUGUUCCCCAGAUUCCUCAACCUCAAAUUAUAGUGCUAUAAAAACAAAACAAGUCCAGCAUUUAUUUAUAAGUUAAUACUUUAUACAGCAGAAACCUAAUACACCUUGAUAAUGUUUAAAAAGUAUAUAAUGACUCUGGGUUUUUCCUGGAGAUUCUCUUCUGCAUGCAUUUUAUGUUUAGUCAAACUUGCAGGUAGGUGUUCUUUUGUUUUUUCUCCUAUAUAGUACAUGGUGGAAGAGCUGGAUAGCUACAGUGCUUCUGAUUUAAUCUCAGUUUUAGUUUAGACUUUUAACUAUGGGAUAGUGAGAAGAAAGGUCUCCACUUUGUGUAGCAGUCCACUACACAGAUGUUGGGGACACUACCAUGUGGAAUAAUUUCAAAUGCCUUUCAUACUUCAAUAGCUGAAAACAAAAAUGUUUUUCAAAUGAUUUAAAAUAGUUAUUCUUAGUUCUCCGGGAAUCUUACACUUUGUAGUUUUGGGUAAUUUUCUUAUUAUAUUCUCAAAGGAUUAAUUGUUAGACCAAGUCAUGUUUGAUACAUAAACCAUAGUCAAUGCCCUUCUAAUGAUAUGAUUCAGUUCCCAAAAAUCAUUCACAUAUUAUCUAUUUUUAUGGAUAUCGCUUCUAUGUAGAAUAACAACAGCGGUCAUUCCAGUGUUAGAGACACAAAGUAGUUGCAGAUAUUAAGAGCAUAUGUAUAUUGUAACAAAAGGAAAUAAUGAUUAUGACAAUAAGAAGCCAUGUCCUCUCACCCAUCCUGCUCUUUGUCUUUCUGACCUUUCAGGUUCAAUCAUGUUGCUUUUCAAUGCAGCAAAAUCACUCUGAGUUGACUUUACUACAUCAGUUACAAUCUAAGAUGCGUGGUUUGAAUCUUCCCACACCUAGUUAAAAAAAUUGCUUCAAUGCUUUACUGUGUCACAGUAAUUACUAGCUCUCACCAUGUGAGGGCAUAUUUAAACAAUAUAUUUGCCUCUCAAAACUGAUAUGGGGAAAUCACCUCAAGGUGACUUUAUCACAUCAAAACGUAACAUGUUAAUCAAGCUUCAGUCUUAAUCUUAAAAUGCAAUCUGUACAACUUGAAAAUAUGCACUUAUGGAAUUAAAAGUAGAAAUCUAAAUAUAAAGAAGAGUUGGCUGAGCCACAGCUUGCAUAAUCAUAGUCACUGGCCAUGAUCUAGAGCAGUGCUUCUCAACCUGUUUUAACUGAUGCCCCAUUUUAGCUAAUACAGAAAUCCCACCACUAACUUCAAACCCAACUUCCCUAAUUAUUUUAUUUUAAUGUUCAAAUGGAUGGAAAUUGCAUGAUGUUCAGUUUUUUACUUAUAUUGUACAUAUUUUUUUGGAAAUACACCCACACACAGAAUAUCUUCAUACGCCCCUGGAGAUGGGAUGCCUCCUGGCUGAGAAAUACUGAACUACACAGCUCACAUACAAGGAAACCUUCAUAUUAAUUUCAACAAAAACACGGCAAUAGGUGUUCAGGCCCCUCAGACCCUCCAUAAAGUAAACUUUGCCUUUUCCUUCUACAGAUUUUCUUCUGUUUUCAUUAUUUUAAAAAAUCUGAUCAACCAUACCAACUCUUCCUUAGUUGCCAUACCCUUGCUGCUUCUUUCUAACACAGGGGCACACUACUAAAACCACUCAGAUGACUUGUAUGUAAGAGGCAGCAUCAUUAUAUUAACGGUGUUACAUUGUAAUUGUUAACUCUUUAAUUCGUUUUUCUUAGUCUAUUUUUUCCUCAGUCCUAGUACACAUUCUUCCUCCUCUCUCUGCAUUGCCAGGAAGUUCUCAGGAAGUUGCAAAUAGCCAUGGAAGGAACUGCAGUUGAUCCAUGAGCCCCUUGUGGGGGGGAAGGCCUGCUCUAAUACCUAGUCUUAUUAAAAGGACCAGAAUGCAGGACAGUAUUUUAUACCCUCAGUGUGGUCUACACACUGUCCUUGAGCAGUUCUUUUCUCAUGGACUUAAUGCUAUGCCAGGAGUGGGGUAAGAAACACCUGCAACUCAGUUUGCUCCAUCCAUUCAACUUGCUAGGUUUGAUGGACAGAUAGGUAGUAAUAACCAAUCAUCCUUGUCUGCAGAAAAUAACACAUUCGCAUUCAGUUCUCCUUAUGGAAAACCAUUGUUCCUAAUCAUGUACUGCCCUCCACUUUUGAAUCAGAGAUUCCACACUACUUUUCACAGUUAUCCAGCCUCAUUGUUCACUUGAAAUAUACUUUUUAAUAUGUGUACACUUCAAGGUCUCAUGGGCACUCAACUUGGUCCUGAAAAAUAUAAGGAUGGAAAAAUAUAGGGCCAUAGCUGCUUGCACCAGUAUGAACUUUAUCCAGUUAGGUAUGGAUAUAAUGGUCACAUGGACAAUUGGUGUAAUAAACUUAGCUCUUUAUAUAUUAUUAAUACAUUUAAUAUUUAUAUAUUUAAGGGAUUUGAACCCCCCUUUCCACUAUACAAUAUGUCUCAAAGCUAUGAACAAGCCUUGUGCCCCCUUAUGCUCUUCUCUCUUUGUGUCAACAAGCAAGCAUACCAGAAAGUCAUUGGUAAAUUAUAUUUUCCUUUCUGUCAGAAAAUCUAUAGUUAAUGGCUUUAGAGCAAGCUAGGAUAUCAAGCUGCAUUUUGAAGUUGGCUUCAUAUUUUGGCUUUUUCCAAAGCAGUUAACUGUAGUUUUCUGAUUUGAAAGUGAUAUAGAACAUGGAUAGAGAAACAAUAAUUAACUGAUGACUUCCUGGUAUGUUUGCUUGCUCACAAAAGUGGAGGAGCGAAGUGGCUGUAUUUGGGGACACAAGACUUGUUCAUAUAUCUGCUACUUAUGCAAAGAUACAAUAAUUUAAACACAGGUACUGCCUCCUGCCAACCAGCCCCUCCCAGUUCCUUACCACUUAAUCUGUUCCAUGAAAUCAUGAUGGUCCUGAAUGGGGUAAUUGUGCCCCUGAAGGACCAGGUGCGCAGCCUGGGAGUCAUUUUGGACUCGCAGCUGUCCAUGGAGGCACAGGUUAAAUCUGUGUCCAGGGCAGCCGUUUUACCAGCUCUAUCUGGUACGCAGGCUGAGACCCUAUCUGCCUGCGGACUGUCUUGCUAGAGUGGUGCAUGCUCUGGUUAUCUCCCGCUUGGACUACUGCAAUGCGCUCUACGUGGGGCUACCUUUGAAGGUGACCCGGAAACUACAACUAAUCCAGAAUGCGGCAGCUAGACUGGUGACUGGGAGCGGCCGCCGAGACCACAUAACACCGGUCUUAAAAUACCUACAUUGGCUCCCAGUACGUUUCCGAGCACAAUUCAAAGUAUUGGUGUUGACCUUUAAAGCCCUAAACGGCCUCGGUCCAGUAUACCUAAAGGAGCGUCUCCACCCCCAUCGUUCUACCCGGACACUGAGAUCCAGCGCCGAGGGCCUUCUGGCGGUUCCCUCACUGCGAGAAGCCAAGUUACAGGGAACCAGGCAGAGGGCCUUCUCGGUAGUGGCGCCCUCCCUGUGGAACGCCCUCCCACCAGAUGUCAAAGAGAACAACAACUACCAGACUUUUAGAAGACAUCUGAAGGCAGCCUUGUUUAGGGAAGCUUUUAAUGUUUGAUGUAUUAGAGGAUUUUAAUAUAUUUUUUUGGAAGCCGCCUAGAGUGGCUGGGGAAGCCCAGAUGGGCGGGGUACAAAUAAUAAAUUAUUAUUAUUAUUAUUAUUAUUAUUAUUAUUAUUAUGUUGCCAUUGUUGGAUACAUUCAUGCAGGACCAAAAGAAUGACACAAAUCAAGAGCAUGUGUCCUUAUCAGCAUCAUCUGUGUUGCUCACAUUACUUAUCUACAAGUACCUACUGAUAGAUUCAGCAACUUCGAAGAUAAAAAACAUAGCCUGCAGAAACAACAAGAUGGCUUUCAUAGUUAAAGAGAAACUUGGUUUAUUCAUAUGUUUUAUCAUUUAUAAUUCAAGCACCCCGGAAGAUGCACACAGAUUUCCAUUAGAUAUAUACAAAAAACACUGUAGUAUUUUACUAGCAAGUGAAAGUUAUGGCUGAUUCUGCACGCUAUUAAUCACUGUAGGUUCAAAGCUAUCCAGUACACUUACAUGAGAAGUAAGUCCCAUCCAAAUCAGUGGGGCUUAAUUCUGAGUAAACAUAUAGGAUUGCACUGUAAAUAUCAGUUUCUUAAGGCACUUAGUCUGCAGUCCUCUGCACAUUUACCUAGAAGUCAAUCCUUGCAGGCCUUAGUUUUGAGUAAACAUGCAUAAGAUUGUAAUGUCACCCUGUGAUCCUCCAAAACUGGUGUUUCUAGAUUGCAAAAAAGCAUUUUAACAUGGAAGUCUUACCUUUUCAAAAGUUAAAGAACCACACAGUUCAGUUAAAAAUGCUACAAAAAGAUGGCUGAGUAAAAUGUAUUAAAAUAUAUAUUGACUUCCUUUGGCAGUAACACACAAAAGAAGGAUCAGGUAUUGUACUGGUAAAGAAAUUCUACAGUUAGACCUUGUGUUUAAAAUGUCACUGCUAAGUAGAAUGUAUUUUAUUUGUCUGACUGUGGCACAGUAGCCUUUUUAUUAAUCCAUUCAAGAUUUUACUAAUAAACAUCAAAGGGGUUGCAAAAGGUUACUGCAACCAAGCUAUGCUAAUUUUUAACACCAAUGUAUACACAGAGUGAAGUGUUGCCUAGAAUUCAAUGUGCUUGGUAGUGAAUUUCUUUGAUCCUUAUCUAGAACUCUGCUUGUAUAUGUCAUCUAAUUGAAGUAAGAUAUUUUAUUGCUGUAAUUAAAUCUUUUCAAAUGCAUUGCAUUAUCUUAAACUUAGCUAAAAAUGCAGACAAUUGUUUAAGAAGCUAGGUAUAUUAUUUGUAAAACAGUGCAGCUUGUUCUAGUAUCCUCCUUCCCCACCAUGUGACUUCUUCCCAAAGAUUUUAAUUUAAAUCUCACCAAACAGCAUAAUGGUCCAUGAGUUUGUUUAGCCAUUUGACUUCCUUUAUCACAUAGAGAUGGCAAACAUUCUGUUGCUAACUUGAUGUGGCUCCAGGCAGCAAGGCUAUGAGGAUUUUAAACCAGUAAAAGCUUAUCAACUGAUUCAUUGAUAUGCUGUAAAUUCCAGUCUUUUCAUUUUACUUUAAAGUCAACACAUUAGUAAGCAAUUUGCUGACAUAAAGAUGGAUUGCUUUAAAAGGGUUCCCCUUGGGUGGACAAAGUUCACCUCAAUGCUUUUGUGUGCAUCUUUAAUUUAAUCUUGUUCUUGGGCGUUGCCUAAAACUUGUGACUGAUGGUGCUUUACAUAUUGAUAAAAAUAUUUAGAAGGCCUCCACUUUGUCAUAUUGUUCAAGUUAAAGGGCAGAGAGGUCACGAAGUAGAUACAAAAUUAAUUUCUUAAAUAUAGCAUUCUUUUCCAAACAGCUUUUCUGGGAAAUAAAGAUAUCCCGUUUUUUUAACAGGAUAUUUUCCUUUUAUUCAUUAAUUAACUACCUUUCCUUUGAAGAAAACAUGUAACUGCUUGGAUCCUAAGUUGCUUAUCCAUUCAUGUAAAGUGGAAGGGGUGGUUUCUGCCACCUCUCCUUCUGUUUCCAGCUCACAACACCAUAUCAUAAACCAUUCCCAAAAGUUCCCAAACCCCCAGGAGGGGAAGUGCCGGGGUGAAGGAGACGUGGGAACGCUCUAUUCAGUCCAGAAAGGAAAACAUUAGGAUCCCCCAAAUUUUAUUUUACAUUACAAAUUUAUAUUUUUGGUGUCUGUUGAAGAUCUUCCUUUUUCAACAAGCCUUUUAACUAUAGAUUUUUCAUCAGUAUCACAUUUGAAAUUGUUUUCUUAAAUGUUUUUAUUGCUGAACACUUUGGGAUGUUUCAUAAAUAAAAAUAGAUUAAUUGCAAACACUGACUUUGGUCUUAGUGACAGGAAGAAAACUGCCCUAUGAUCCUCAGAUGAAGGGCAGUAUAGAAAUUGAAUAAAUAAAAUAAAUAAAUAAAAAUAUUUAGGAAGCUUCAUUCACUGUCAAAUAGCCAGGGGCAGUUUUAGGUAGAAAACAGGCAAAGGGUCCUAAUCCUGAUGGAGAGCACCUUCUGGAUUGUGGCCCCACAUUCUGGGUGAGAAGCAGAUACAAAGCUAGUAAUGUGCAUUGGGAAUAGGAUUCAUUAUUUAAGACAGAAGGGUGUGUCUUAACUCCCUGUAAUGGAGGCAACCCUGGCACUGAUACCUCAUAUACUUUUCAUAUCUGCUUGCAACCUAUUACAAUGGGAGUAAAAUCUUUGUCUUACCGUUCAGUUUUCAGAGAUCUGCCAACGAUUAUUGAAUUCAUAUGAUACCCGCAUAGACGAACUCUUCUCCGAGAUUGAUUCUAAUGUAGCUGAAAGUCAAAACGUGUUUCAGCAGCUAGACAAGAAGUUGGGCCCAGGCUUAGAUGAAGUUGAAUGGGAAAAGAUACAGAUGCAGGUUGGUUUCAGAGACAAAAAUGUGUAUUACCUCAAUCUAGCUAAAAGACUGACUCUGCCUCCUGUGCUUUGUGUUAAUUGACUGGUAGCAGCCUUUUCUGUACCUAUUAUUUACAUUUUGGUCCUCCCUUUUCCGGUGGUGUGCAUGUGCUACUCCCAUGAGGGAGGAUUGGCUGGCUGGGCUACUUUCUGUGAGCUUAGGAGUUGAACAAAGCAGUGGACUACUUUUUCUGAUCCAAGUCCAAAACUGCUUCUACUAUACACCGCUGCACACAGAAUUAUCAGUGUGCCCUGUUCAGACAGCAAAGCCAGCUAUUGGUGGUUGCCAAUGCCAGCUUGUUCUUGAAGCUUUAACAUAACAUACCUUAGAGUUCUACCACCUGUCCAGCACAGAGUAUAGUUGUCAGGGCUGCCUCAGGUCUCAGCUCACAAAAGAGGCAGCCCUGACAAUAGUUACCUGAUUUGUUGCAUUAACCCUUCAUCCUAUUCACUGUUGGCAUCUUAAUGAUCUAACCCAUUGAGCAAGUUCAGGGAACCAUUUUCAGUGCCAGGGCUUGAUCAGAACUCCCCCACCCUCCAUGGGCCAUUUUUGAGAGAGCUAUCCAUCUUAUACAUCAUAUGGUCAGGCAAUUCAGAUUUCACGCCAGGAACAAGUUCAGGCUAAUCUCCGAUUUUAAGAGUUGUAGUGCUUAGCACCAUAACUUGGAAAUAAAGAGACCUCUGUGAUCAUAUUAGGUCAGUUGACAGAUAAGUAUGUGCGCUCAGAACGGGCCAAAUUCAGAGGCAUGAACGUACCUUAAGGACCUCUUGAACCCUUAUACCCCAGCUUGAUCAGAGAGAUCAUCUCAAGGAGCAGUUACCGUAUUGGCCUGAAUAUAAGCUGCACCCGAAUAUAAGCCACACCUUUAAAAAUCGGGGGGGGGCGGGGGAAAAGACAAGACCCGAAUGUAAGCUGCUCCCUUAAAAUUCUGUGGGCACUCACACCUGUUCCGUUUUACCGUAUGUCUAUUUCAGCAGCAAUAUCAUAAAAGCCAAUUUUUGUAAGGUCGCGAAUUUAAGCCACGUUUUAACUUUUCAUGGUCAGAAUUGGGGGGGGGGGGUUGAGGCUUAUAUUCAGACCAAUACGGUAGUUGCUGUCCAUGUUUCAGAGGCUCAACCAGUCUCUGCUAAAAAUUGGGUAUUUUGUGUCACUGCUACCAUGCUAUGGAACACUUUCCAGCAGAGAUUCGACAGGUAUUGUUGCUUGUGACUUUAGACCUUAUUAUGCCUACAGGUAUUUGCAGCUGAUUAAUUUGAUUAGCAAGUCACUUUAAGGAUUGUUUUUAAAUGUGUUUUAUAUUUUAUAGUUGAGCACCACGAUGAUAUUUUAUAUGAUGGUACAGAAAUACUUUUAUAAAUGCAGAAAUUAGGCUUGUGGGCCAGAGAUUCUUUACCCGUUCUUAAUAGUCACAACCCACUAGGGCUGUGCAAUAAAUUGCCAUCUCAAAUACUGGUAUUGAAAUGACAUCGUGAUAAGUGUUUCAACAAGGCAAUAUACCGAGAACAAAAGGUGGAGACUUGACAGCUAUGCAGAGGGUAGCUCAGCUGAUACUUUGCAGGCAUCAGCUCUCCUGCUUUGUUUGCUCUCUCACUCUUCACUCCCUCCAAACCCCUCACACAAACCAGCAAACUCUUUAAGCUUAACCAGUAUCUUCCACACCAUCUCUCUCUGCUUUGUUCUCACUCAGCCUCACUGAGAAAUAAGGAGAGUGGCUGGCUGUUGGUAACCCCUUGCAAACACACAAACCAACUCUUUAAGCCUAACUUCCUGCUCUUGCCCAAGAGGUCUGCUAAUUAUGCAGAGCCUGCUAACAGUCCAGGAGGAAUACCCCCCCCCCCCAGGCUAGACAGAAUGUAAAAAAAGAACUGGAAAGCUCUUCUUUCUUCCCUCACACUCACCCCCCACUGGUGGAAAAAAAAGAGGGGGUAGAGUUUUCAUUUUUAUUUUCUGGUGGUGUUUAUGUUGUUGGUUUCCCCUAAAUAGCUUUUCUCCAUAUUAAAAAGGAAGAUUUUAAAAAUUGAUUUAAAGGAGACAGUCUUUGCUUGCUUGCCCUCCCUCCCUCUCUUUAAUAAAAAGGGAGAGAUUGGUAGUAUGGGGGUUUUGGGGGAGCCCUUCUGUGGAGGGGGAUGGAGGGGAGAAGAUUUAGCUGCCUGCCUUAUGCUGAAAUGGGAGGUUGGGUACUAUGUGAGAAUGAUGGGGAGUGUGUCUGUAAGCAAUGCAAGCAAAUGAGUGUCUGCUCACAAGCAAGCCCUACUGAAUUCAUUGAGACUUACUCCCAGGAACGUCGAAGUUGGGCUUAUGCAUGCAUGGAUUCCACUUAGACCUCUGAGUGGGGAAGCAGAUGCAACUUGACUAGUAAAUCACUUAAACUACUCUUAAAUAAGUUGAAAAUAUAUUAAAUAUAUUCUAUGGCAGUUUAUUUAUUUUUAUUAAAUCUACUUCCCUACAUUUUAUCAUGAUAUUUAGCUGAUGCUGUAUCGUGAUGUUGAAAACCAGAUAAACCCUACAAACCCACUAGAACUUUCCUACAUUUAAAUAUUUAUUUUCUCCAUCUUUCAUCAGUGAAACAUUUUGAGUAUUUUUUUAUUUGACCAGAAAUGACUGACAGACUUUAGUGCUGCAAAAGUUGGAGUAGUCUAGUAUAAUUCCAGUUUCAACUGUUCUAUCAGCUUAAGAACUGUUGCAAAAAUGAUGAUUCCAAAGCCAUCCCCCCCCCCCCCCACGUUCUUUUGGACUUUUUUUGUGUAUGAAUACAACGUGUUGCUAUUAAGCCAGUUCAGUAUUUUCUAUGCUUACCAUUUUCUUUGUUUCAGGCAUUCCGGCAAGACAUAGUUGACUGCCCAAUUUGCAUUAUGCCGCUCAUCUACCCCACUCACCUGCAGGACGGAAUUGCCCAAGCCAGCUACCCAUCAUGCUCCAGCAAGACCGUUCUGCUCUCCUGUUCACACAUGUUUCAUAGUACUUGUGUUCAAGCAUUUGAAGACUUCUCCUUGGGAGAAAGACCCAUAUGUCCUUUAUGCCGCUCCCAUUAUCAGAAGAAAAUACUUAACUAA